UUUGGACUUGCAGACGGGGAGACUACACACUGUCCUCAUUCACUCAUACUCCCUGCUUCAGCUUUUUUUAUUUUCUGAAUUAGUUUCUGAUCCUAUCCUUUGUCCCCUAUAUAGCACUCCAUGCACCCUAUCACACACUCACUCCCUCUCGCACCCACUCACACACACUCACUCAAUCCCUCUCACACUCACUCACUCACUCACUCCCUCUCACACUCACUCUUCACAAAGUACCAGUCCAGAUGUGCUAGGAGUUGAGUUUGAUGAGACACACAAUGAUGGUCCUGAGUAUGAGUGUUCUCCUAAGUAUGAGUGUAGGUGUUUUCCUGUGCCUGGCUGGGGCCAUAGAUCUCCCAAAGUCUAAAAUCCUGGAUGGGCACACAGCUGGAAAACAUGGGAAAAGACUUUCAGUUCCCAAACACAACACAACCCUCACACUGGCCAGCACUGGGCACCAGCAAACUGGCAUCCCUAGCACAGACCGGCUCUCUGCCAUGGGCCACAGACAGCAAGAACUGAACAUUUCAACCAAAAGAAUCGAGAAGAAGAGACCUCGCCCAGGAGAAAAAAUAAGUGUCAAUGUCUGCGCCGCCCAGUGCUGCCCAGGAUGGAGCGUGGCCCCAAAGACUGGGACAUGCACCCGAGCCAUUUGCACCCCUCGCUGCAAGAAUGGGGGUCUGUGCAAGAAACCACAGACGUGUGUGUGUAAAUCGGGCUUUGUGGGGACGCGAUGUGAAAAACUGACAACUUCCUCCGUACACAUUGGGGUACAAGAAAGACUAUUUAAUACAUCGUCUUCAUCGCUGGGUCCGUGCGCGGCCUGCAAAGCUGUGACACCGACAUUCCGCCCAGCGUCACCCACUCCUAUUACCAUCACAACAUCCACUGUGACAACCACAAUGCCAGUAACUAAUAUGGGUGUGCCCAGUAAACUGAAAUACAAAGAAGGCAAGCUAGCCGUCCAACCAGCCAAGAAUAUGAUCUCGCUUAAAUGGCAAUCACUGAGUAUUCAGGAGCUGCAAUCCAUCCUGCAGAGGAAAGGACCGUCUUCCAACGACAAAAUGACCUCCAUCCUGACCAGACAUUUAGAAGCGCAGAAAAAUCGAGCAGCCAAAGCUGGUUGGAAGGAAAGCACCCUCCAGACUCCGAGCGGAGAAUACACCAUUCAUAAACAGAUCCACCGAACUGUCCUCUGCCCUCUGCUGUGCCAGAAUGGGGGUGUCUGUCUGAAGAAGGACCAGUGCUUGUGUCCUCCAAAUUUCACAGGAAAAUUUUGCCAGAUCCCAAUAUCUUCUGGAGCACCCAUAGCUUCCUUAGUCCAGGUUAAUAGCAGCGGAGAACAGAACACAAAGACCAAAUCCGUCUACACACUUCCACUGUCCAACCAUAAACCAGAGAAAGAUGGAGUAGCUUCACUUGUGAAUGUUCUUGUAGAGCACCCUCCAGAGGCCUCUGUAAACAUUCACCAGGUAGAGCGGGUAGACGGACGUGGGGAGCGGAAAGAUGGUGGACGCCAGGACAUCUCUCAGAAUACAGUUCAUCAGGCAGGUCGAGUACCACUAUACAGAAUCCAGGCUCAGAGCAGUCCCAGAAUCAAUGGUUACACAGAGAACUCAGGCUAUGGAUACUGCUUCCGCCGUCUGGAGAAUGGACAGUGUGCCUCCCCAUUCCCCGGCCUUAGAACCCAGGAGGUCUGCUGCAAGGGAAAUGGAGUGGCCUGGGGGGUCCUUGACUGCACACCCUGUGCCGGGUACCAAGGCGAUGCCCUGCUGGGUGCUCUGCCGGAUUCUCCUUGCCCUAAAGGAUUUGAAAAACUCAAUGGCACUUGUGUGGACAUUGAUGAAUGUAAGGAUCCCUCUCUGUGCCAGAAUGGGGACUGCACCAACACUAGGGGGAGCUUCAGCUGUGUGUGCCGACCGGGCUAUCUACUAGACUCUUCAUGGAGCAGCUGUAUCUCUGAUCAUGUAAUCUCGGAAGCAAAGGGCCCGUGUUUCCGGAUUUUGCGUGACGGUGGCUGCUCACACCCCAUCCUCAAGAACAUUACUAAACAGAUCUGCUGCUGUAGUCGUGUGGGCAAAGCUUGGGGCCGAGGCUGCGAGAGGUGCCCUCCUUUUGGCACAGAUGGGUUUAAGGAGACUUGCCCAGCCGGGCCAGGAUAUCAUUACUCGGCGUCUGAUCUGCGUAUCAAUGCCCGCUAUGUGGGGCAGGACCAAGCCAGGGUGCCAGUCAUACGGCAGCCAGGAGUCAGGCGGCCGACUUUCACCACGCCCGCCACAGCCCGUCAGCUGCCCCACGCCGAGACUCGUGUUAACGUACCAGAGGGGAGACAGGACAGGAACCAGGGAGUCUCCACAGACCAUACGGGAUCCACACAAGUCCAAGGAGAAAUCAAUCCUCCUGUGCAAAUUCCAAGGCAAACAGAGACCCGGGUGGAGGCUCCCCCUCAAGAAACCAACUUGUGUGAGUUAAACCCCCAAAUCUGUGGUCCUGGACGCUGCGUUCCCCGCUCUGGCAGUUACGCCUGCGUAUGUAACAAUGGAUACCGGAUCAGCACACAGGGCACCCACUGUAUCGAUGUGGAUGAAUGUCGUCAGAGGCAAAGUCCCUGUGCCAACGGGCGAUGUGAGAACACCAUUGGCAGCUACCGCUGUGCCUGUUCCACCGGAUUCCGCACCAAUCCACAAGGCACGGAGUGCACAGACAUUGAUGAGUGUAGCUCCGAACAACAACUCUGCUCCAGUGGUCAGUGCCAGAAUACUCCCGGCAGCUACCGCUGCCUGUGCUCAUCCGGAUUCACCCUCAGCCCACAGGGAACCAACUGCAUUGACAUUGAUGAAUGCCGUCUAACCACAAGACGUUUGUGCCAGAAUGGCCGCUGUGAAAAUACUCCAGGAAGCUUUCUAUGUGUCUGUCCAGCAGGAUUUGCUGUAAAUACUCAGGGCACAGAUUGCCAAGACAUAGAUGAAUGUCGCCAGACACCUCGUCUCUGCGGUUCUGGUAGAUGCCAGAACACUCCCGGAAGUUACCGCUGCUCCUGUUUAUUGGGUUACCGGAUGACACCACAAGGCAGUGACUGCAUUGAUAUCAAUGAAUGUGAGAAUCCAGCCGUUUGUAUUGGGCAGGAAUGUGUUAACACUCUGGGGUCCUUCGAAUGCCGCCCCUGCCUUCCUGGGUACAAACUUCAGAACCGGCGCUGCGUUGAUCAAGACGAGUGCAUUCAGUCCGUCUGUGGACCCAUCGGGAAAUGUAUCAACACCGCGGGCUCCUUUAUUUGCGAAUGUUUUCCCGGAUUUCAACUUGAUAGUCGCAGGACUAAUUGUACAGAUAUUAAUGAGUGUCUGGAAGGUGAAUAUUGCUUCCCACACGGGGAGUGCCAGAACACGGAAGGUUCUUACACGUGUGUGUGUGCCGAGGGUUACGUGCUGUCUCCUGGUGGUACUUCCUGCAUUGAUCAAGAUGAGUGUCAGCUUGGAACGCUUUGCCAGGGCGGACGAUGCAGCAACACCCAGGGCUCCUUCCAAUGUGUUUGUCCCAGAGGAUUCAGAGCCACUGCCAAUAAGGCAACCUGUGCAGAUAUUGACGAAUGUCAAGAGAGAGAAGCAUCUAUCUGCGGGACUCAAAAAUGUGAGAAUACACUGGGAUCCUACCGAUGCAUCUCUGAGUGUGAUAGUGGAUACAGACGUACUGCGUCAAAUGACUGCGCAGAUAUUAACGAGUGCUCCAAUGCAACGAUUUGUGGCGAUAAUGCAAAGUGUGAGAAUGUGAUUGGCUCCUACCGAUGUACAUGUAACUUGGGCUACGAAAAGUCUAUCGAGGGGCACUGCGUUGAUAUUGACGAAUGUUUGGAAUAUGGAAAUUCGAUCUGUGGGGCAUCACAUUGUGAAAACACUCCGGGCCACUUCAAGUGCGUGACUGAUUGUCUGACUGGUUAUCAGCUCUCGCCCUCGGGAGAAUGCACAGAUAUCAAUGAGUGUCUGACCCUCCAAGGGGUGUGUGGGAGAGCUCUUUGCCAGAACACAGAUGGAUCAUUCUUCUGCAUCUGUCCUAACACCAACGAAGAAUUCGACCCCAUGUCCGGGAAAUGUUUACGAACUGGAGACCCAGUGUUUUCUCAACGUCCCAGCUCACCCCGAAUCUUACCGUCAGGACCAUUGUCUGGCCAGAAUGAAUGCUACUACAACCUUGAAGACCCUAAUGUUUGUCAAAAUGUCCUGGCAAGAAAUGUAACCCAUUCAGAAUGCUGCUGCAGCGUUGGCAAAGGAUGGGGACGGAACUGCCAGUUUCAGAGAUGUCCUGAGGUCGACUCAGUGGAGUACCAGGAGCUGUGCCCCGAGGGUGUGGGGUAUAUUGCAACAGGACAGGGGUAUAAAGAUAUUGACGAAUGUGAAGUCUUCCGAAACCAAGUCUGCAAAGAUGGAAUCUGUGUUAAUAAAGUGCCGUUGUUUGCCUGCUACUGCGCUAAUGGUUACUAUUACGAUCUACACCGAAUGGAGUGCGUUGAUAAUGAUGAAUGCCAGAAAGAAGAGGCUUGCGAGGGGGCUCAGUGUGUGAACACAGUGGGUUCCUAUCACUGUACCUGCAGUCCCCCGCUGGUGCUGGAUGCAUCACAACGGAGGUGUGUCUCCAACUCCAGCCAGUCUAUCGAGAGUAAUCUCGCAUUGUGCUGGCAAGAGGUUGGGGCGAAUUUGAUUUGUAGUCGCCCCCUACUGGACAGGCAGACAACAUACACCGAGUGCUGCUGUCUGUAUGGUGACGCCUGGGGAAUGGACUGCGCUUUUUGCCCAGCAAGAGAUUCAGAUGAUUUCGAAUCUCUGUGUAGUAUCUUCAGAAGUCCAGGAUUUGGGAAUCCCGCUUCGUUACCAUCCGAUCCUUACAGUGAAUAUGGACCAGAAUAUGGCCCUCCAUAUGGGAUUCCAUACGGCCCUGAUGCGUAUGCCAACCCACCUUCCAGGAUAGUGAGGCCUGGUUAUGAUGCCUACCCAUCAGCACCUGGAGGUGGUUUGGAAUAUGGCUCUAGAUCAUCAUCAAGCUACGAUCCUCGAGAUUCGUCAUACAGCCUCCCACCUUUUGAGUCACCUGACUUUGAGUCAGACCUUUCUUACCCUGAUCCUGCCAUAGAUGAUCUAAGGCCACCCUACAGAAGGUCGGAUGUUGUGUAUGACUCACGUAGAGGCCCAUCGUCUCCUAUCUCCAGGCCCAGACGUCCAGUCAACACUCCUGGGCAGGGAUCAGACGAUGGCCGGCAGAGCCAGCCAUGGAGACCUGGAAGUCGGGACACAGAAAGCCUUGCUCCUCAGUCCAACUGGCGUGGAGGCUUGAGGGAAGCAUACGAAGAUCGAUAUGAGCAGUUUGAGGGUCUGCAAGCUGAGGAGUGCGGCAUUGUUAACGGCUGUGAGAAUGGACGCUGUAUCCGUGUCCCCGAGGGCUACACGUGUGACUGCUAUGAUGGCUACAGGCUGGACAUCACACGGAUGGCAUGCAUUGAUAUCAAUGAAUGUGAUGAAGCGGAUGACAUGUCUCUCCUGUGUCUGAACGGGCAGUGCCGCAACACUGAUGGAUCGUACGAAUGCGUCUGUCCCCGCGGCUUUGUUUUGUCGCGUCAGCAUAACUACUGCGUUCCCUCUCAGCACUGAGCCAGUGAAAUCCAUUACAUGGCACACGAAAGACUUUCCACAAAAUCCCGUCUUUUCCCAAAUCUUCGCCUGGGAAUAAAGAUGUCCAGGAAAGUAAAACAGUGAGGGAUAUAUUUAUUUUUCUGUAUAUAUUGGCAAGGGUGUAACUGCCUCCCAAGGAGCAGAUUUUUGUCCCCCCACUCCCUCCCAAAAUCGGAUAUUAUACAAAAAAAUGUUAUCUCGUAGCAUAUGUGUUUCUAACUGAAGGAUGUGGGCCUUGCCCUCAACUGUAUAUCCCAAAAUUAUAAAAAAUGUAUUUCUUACGGAAACAGGCAGCAACAAAAAUGGAGACAGCUGGAAAGUGAGGCGUGAGAGAUCACUAAACCGUGAAUUAUUCAGUAUGCGUCAUUUAGUCAGAAUGCCAAGAAUAGCUAUUUUGACAUACCCUGCGCAAUUUAGCUGCCAAAUUCACUGUUUAGUGAAUACAUCCCUAAUGCACCCCUAGUGCCUACGGGUUGUGUAGAAUUAGGCAGAUGUUCUGCUCCCAUUGCCUUCAUUUAUGAUAAAGAACAUUUUAAAUGCUUAUUGCAUUUUCCAAACUCAGAUCAGGGCAUUAAAAAUCUGCUUUUCAGAACCAAUGACAAUAUCCACAUCAAGCUGCUGUCCCUCCUACGAUUUCUUAAGACAUUUAAAGAGCAAAGAUUGAAACAUAUCUGCUCUACAGGAACGUGAGAAUUAAGUUGCAAAUCUAAUCCAGAGGUGUCACCCCGAAAGGGUUUUUACUAAAUUGAUCAGUCUUCCUUAAAGUUACAAUAGUUUAACGAGAAAUAAAUGCUGUUUAGCAGAUUAGAGACCCGUUUGCAGGUAUAUAUUCCCACCUUACCGCUCCGUAUGUAGCGAAUAGGAUCCUUACAAACACUGUUUAUUCCCCUGACUCUCCACCUACAAUGUUCUCUUUGUUGUUUUAACUCCCAUUCCUCCUUACCAGCCACGCAGCUUUGGGAUGGCCAGGUUUGCGACAGCAUUACGUGAUUGCUAUAAAAUGUAAUGAAAACUAAAUUAAAAGUAUCUUUUAAUAUAACCAAUAUAAGCAAUUACAGUAACAGAAUGUAUGAGAAGCUCUGUGUUAAUAUUACUAUGGUGGCAAACCAUUCAACCUAUCACUGCCCCUCUGACCACCGACUAGAAUUAAUCUGGCCCAACAAAAUAUGAACUCAAUAAAACUUGGCACUCUAUUUAGGAUUUGGAUUGUUUUAAAAGCGCGAUGUUCUGUGUAGCUAUGGAUGACUUAUAUUCCACUCAUACAAUGGAGGGUCUCAUCUUUAUUUUCACUUAUUAACCCUUUGGUAGACAAAUAGGUCAGUUUAAUGAAGUCAUUACGUGGAAAUGUCAGCUCACUGAGAAUUCUGGAAUGACCUCAAACUCCGAAAUUUCCUGUUUAUGACCCACUUUAGGGCUCGUUCACCGCUGUGCACACUGGGGGAUCGAACGUUUACACGUACUGAAAUAUUUCUCCUGAACGAAUCGUUUUCUUUGCUCUACACACAUGCAAAUUGUGCCUUUUUUAUACACGUUUUUAUAGGCUUUGUUAAAAAAAUCAAAUGAAUAAAAUAUAUAAAUAUAUAUAGAAAAA